AUGCCCAACACCCAUACCCAUGUCAGAAGUAGCCCCACGAGAAAACCCACACCGAAGCCCACAAAAGGCAGAGGGCCCACAGAGCCAAAACCAAAACCCACCAAGAAGCCGAGACCAGUCCACCCCGGCCAGCCCACCCGCCCAAACCAUGCAGACCCCUCCGACCCCCCUCCCCUAGACAGAACUAGGACCGGCAUCAGGAACCGGAACCCAGACAAGGAACCAGAAUCCGAAUCGGACCAACCAGGUCCAACUGAUGCCCGUCUCCACCCAAGGCCAACCACCCACCUCCACCCCAGAAGAAAACAUACACCCACCCCAACAUUCGAACAACUCCCAGUCCAAAACCCCAAUGACAUACCUGCCCGGACCCAAGACCCCCAGCCCAGCCAGGACCCCAGCCCGGGGGUGACACGCCCCUGGAACUCAGAGCGCCCAAGCCCAUCCCAGCCCACACAGGAGCAGCCCAGCCACCAGGCCAGUAACCUAUGUCCGCUGGCACAGGCUCCCAGAAAGCAUCGUAUGCAGCCACCUGAUGCCACCCCCAAGAGCCACCAAAGCCCCAUCUUGGUUGGGGCCAAAGCCCCCGGCACCAGACCCCCCAGCGACCCCAGUCCAGGGACACCCCAAAUGCCCCAAACCCAGACACCCCCCCGCAUCCACCACAAUGCCCCACAGGACGAAGCCAAAAGUGCCCCACCCCCACUACGUGAUGGAGCCGAUUAA